AGUGGCGCUCACUCGUCGUCAGUCGAUUCGUAAAGUUAGAGCGGCGCAGUUCGACGCAUUUUUGCUGUCUGCCGCGGACGCGCAUGUCAACUCCUGCGUCUGUGUCUUAAGCCAGUCGGGCGCGCGCCUUCGCUAGUUACUUGAAAGACCCAUCCCGAAUCGUCGCGUCUUCGGUGCACUACUCACACCUUCUGUCUUCGCCGGCCGAUCGCAGGGUUAUCAGUUACCACCGCGCGCACAUGCUCGCCGCGCGUUCAUCGCCACCACCCUAUCAGUGAUCAACGUGCGAACGUGCGAGAAUACCCGAAGGAGAGCAGCAGGUCGCAGUUGGAUUGGAAGCGCAUCUUCGUUGACUUAACAUUCUUUUGAAAGAUGUUGCAACAGAUUCUCAGAGAUUUGUACGUGACUCCGGAGAUACUGACCGAGCUCGAUGAGGUGCAGAAACAGUCGCUCUUCUGUAAGAUGCGCGAGGAACAGGUGCGACGGUGGCGCGUCUGGGAUGACGAAUGCUCCAAAACGCCAAAAAAUGUUAUAACGGCGCCGGUCAAGCAGAAAAAGAAAAAGAGCGUUUCCUUUAUGAAGGGCGUCGACGGCGAGCCGUGGGUAUGGGUGAUGGGCGAGCACGAGGACGACAUGUCUAUCGGACAGAUCAUUCAGCAGGAAGCGAUCGAAAAGGCACGUCAGUUGGCCGAAUGCGAAGCGGAGGCGCUUCGCCAACAGCUUAUCGAAUGCAUCACGCCCAACUGCGAGGAAGACAUCUAUUGCUCCGUGGACGCCCUGCAGAAGAAGCAGAUAAAGCCGCCGACACCUGCGAUCGUCAAAAGCAAUUAUAAGAUCGGGCAUUAUCAGCACCAAUCGAACAAGUACAAUGUGAUAGACACAAACAAUGUCCUCAAUGAGCUCAAUCAACGCAACGCUACCAAAAUGGUGGCGGCCAAGGUUGCCCAAUGGGAGCGCCGCCUUACCGAGGAGCGCACCUGCGAGAUCCUGCAGAAUAUUCAGUCUAAGCAGCUGCAGGCUGCCAAGGAGGCCGAGGAAGCCGAGAUGAAACACGAGCAGUUAUGGAAAGAACAAGAGAGGAAAGCCAAAGAGGCCGAACAGCAAAUUCGAGAAAUCGCGCGCAAAGCAAGGGAGGAACAUAGACUGACCACGCGCAAUUGCGAAACGGAACCGGCCUAUAGUUCUGUUGUUCCAGGCGUUCCACCAGGAAAACAAGCAGUCGUUGACUGGUUCCAAAAGUCUGAGAUACCGAAGCGAGCGGGUUUGGAUCAGCUCGAUCAAAUUCAGCCAUAUUUCCAUGGUUUAAUCUCGCGAGCCGAAGCUGAAUGUUUGCUGCAAAAUCAGCCCAUCGGCGCAUUUCUGGUGCGUUUGUCCGAGAAACUGUGGGGCUAUGCAAUUUCGUAUAAAACGAAAGAUAAGUGCAAACAUUAUCUUGUGUCUGCAGCCAACAACUACUCUUUCCUGGGCAGCAAUCAAGUAGAACACAAGUCUCUCGGGGACUUGAUCAACUACUACAAAGACUGUCCGUUGACUGGCGGCGAAAAAUUAAUUCAGCCAUGUUCCAGGGACGACGAUUCUGCCGUGCGGGAACUGUUCGCUGGGAAGAUUGGCUAGCAUUAAGUUAUUUGCUCGAGAUAAAGUAUUAGAAAUUAUUUGCAUUUUGGCCUAUUCAUAAUUCUUUUCUUGUUUUAUGUUAAAAUGUUUAGUGUAUGUAUUUUCGCGCUGUGAUCAUCCAAAUCGGCAUUUUUAGAUUGUUUAUGUUAUUGAAAUCUUGGUAUUAUACCUACAUGAAAACAAAUAUAUACGCCUGAUUUUUUAAAAGAGUGGUUGUAAUUAGGAUAUAUUGUAUUAGGUGCCUGCUUUUUAUAAGAUAAUAAAAACGAAUGCUCUACA